AUGACCUGGUGCUGGGAGCCACUGCAGCAGGCCAGCAGUGACUCAGAAGGCAUCAUCAGUAGCUUGAAGAUGCUUCACAGAAAACUUCCAUUUGAAGUGGCCUCUCUCCCCUGGGAGAGGCUUGGGCCACCAGGAUGUCCCCAGUGUUGCUUGCCCUCUUCUCAGCUGGCUGUGGUUUUCUGCUUUCAGAAGCGUCCCCCAGCUCCAGCCGUGGAAAACUCCCACCAGGUGACCCCUGAUGCUCAAGUCUACCACACGAGCCUAAAUUACAACCCACUUCUUACUGGCAGUGCUGUCGUUGUCUGCACCAGCCCUGCUGUGGUUCCUCUACCCAAGGAGAGCAGAGGAACCUUUGAGUGCCACCACCACCGAGCGAGCCCUUCUGCUGCCACAGAGCCUUUAACCAUGAGCGUCCCUUCCCCAGGAGGGACAAUGGGAGUCAAACCCAUGUGGGUGCCCUUCUGUUCCACCCUGUCCUCUGAGGAGAAGCUGCUCUUCUCCCUGUGCCUCAUGGAUGCUGACAGGAGCGCCGGGAGGAUCUCCACCAUAUUUCAACUGGGUGAGGUCUUCCACUUCCAAGCUGGUGUCAACACAGAGAACCAGGCACCUCUGAGGCUCUUUGUGGACAACUGUGUGGCCACCCCAACCCCAGACAGGAGCUCCUCUCCCCAGGUUGCUUUCAUUGACUCCAGAGGGUGCCUGGUGGGUGGGCAACUCGAUGAUGCCACUUUGACUUCUAUAUCCCCUCCAAGACCCAGGCAAGAUGUACUUCAGUUUGGAGUAGAUGUGUUCAGGUUUGCAGGAGGCUCCAGCAAUCUGGUGACCACCUGCCACCUGAAGGUCUCCCUGUCUGACCAAGCUCCUGACCCUCUGAACAAGGCUUGUUCCUUCAACAAAGCCAGCAACUUGGAACAGCAGCUUGCCCAAAGGCCCUCCAGGAGGCUCCACGCUCCGUCCCAGUGGGAAGGAGGAUGUGUCUGGAGAGAACUGCCCUCCCAGCUUGACCAUUUGUGGAUGGUAUUGGGGCUGGCCAUAGUUGCUGGUUUGGUCCUCUUGACCCUUGCUGUUCUAGGAGUUCUGGCUGGUUGCUGGAAACCCAGCAACCCCCCAUUUAAAUCACUGGUGAAACUUGGGCUCUUCAGCCAUCAUGGCAAGAUGUUCCUGCCCCAAACCCCAAGACCUGUUGCUCCCCACCAGCUGAACAUCUUGGGAUGUGGCGUUUGUCCUCAUAACCCAUUCAGGUGGCUGGAUUCAGGGGGAAAAAGCGUGACCUGUGAGGAGCUGGGGCUUCCUCGCUGCGUGGCCACCUCUUGA